UUUCGGAGUGUAUUCAUCAAGAUGAGCGUGUGGACCAGCCCACCCAGUCUGCUGAAGCUGGCGGGGCAGAGCCUGCUGAGGGAUGAGGCCCUGGCCAUCGCUGCUCUGGAGGAGCUGCCCAGGGAGCUCUUCCCACCACUGUUCACAACAGCCUUCUUCGGGAGACACAGUGAGACCCUAAAGGCGAUGGUGCAGGCCUGGCCUUUCCCCUGCCUCCCUCUGGGGGUACUGAUGAAGGAACAGCAGCCCCACCAGGAGACCUUCUGGGCUGUGUUGGAUGGGCUGGAUGGGCUCCUGGCCCAGGAGGUUCGCCCCAGGAGGUGGAAACUGCAACUGCUAGACUUACGGAAGAAUACUCAUCAGGACUUCUGGACUGUGUGGUCUGGAACCAAGGGCAGUGUGUGCUCACUGCUUGAUGCAGAGGCAGCCCAGCCCAUGAGGAAGAAGCAAAAAGUGGGUGAUUUGUGCACAGGAACAGAGCAGCCCUUGGCUCCCGUGGAGGUGCUCAUCGAUCUAGCCCUCGGGGAAGGGGCCCAGGAUCAGCUGCUCACCUAUCUCAUUGAGAAAGUGAAGCAGAGGAAAGGUUUACUGCAGCUGUGCUGUAGGAAGCUGGAGAUUUUUGCCAUGCCCAUACACAAUAUCAAGAUGAUCCUGAACCUGGUGCAGCUGGACUCUAUCAAAGAUCUGGAAGUGAACUGCACCUGGAAAUUGUCCACCCUGGGCAAGUUUUCUCCUCACCUGGGCCAGAUGAGUAACCUGCAGAGACUCCUCCUCUCCCAUGUGCACAUGUCAUCCUCCAUGUCCCUGGAGGAGGAGGAGCAGAAUGUGGCCCAGUUCACCUCUCAGUUCCUCAAGCUGCACCACCUCCAGGAGCUCUACUUGGAUUCUGUCUCCUUCCUCAAAGGCCGCCUGCACCAGCUGCUCAGGUGCCUCAAGAGCCCCUUGGAGACCCUCUCGAUAAGUAACUGCCAGCUUUCAGAAUCAGACUUGACGUGUCUGUCCCAGUGCCCCAACAUUAGUCAGCUAAAGGAACUGGGUCUCAGUGGGGUCAACCUGACCAAUACAAGUCCUGAGCCACUUCAAGUGCUGUUAGAGAGAACCUCCGCCACCCUCCAGGACCUGGACUUAGAUGAGUGUGGGAUCAUGGAUGCUCAGUUCAUCACCAUCCUGCCCACCCUGGGCCGCUGCUCCCAACUCACCACCUUCAGCUUCUGCGGGAACCCCAUCUCCAUGGCUGUCCUGGAGAGCCUCCUGCACUACACUGUCGGGCUGAGCAAGCUCAGCCAUGUGCUGUAUCCCGCCCCACUGGAGAGCUACGAGGACGUCCGAGGUACUCUCCACCUGGGGAGACUUGCCCACCUGCACGCCAAGCUGAAGCGGAUGCUGCACGAGUCAGGCCGGCCUGGCAUGGUCUGGUUCAGUGCCAACCCCUGUCCUCACUGUGGGGAUAGGACCGUCUAUGACCCGGAGCCCGUCCUCUGCCCCUGUUUCAUGCCUAUCUAG